AUGAAUAACCCGCUACUGGAAAUAUUUCAACCCGUUGACAAUUCCAAAUCUUUGGCUGAUAUGUGGAAUUCUGCUGGCUCGGCAAAUUUCCUGGGAGUAAUGGUUGAGGAAAAUCCUGCCGCCGUGGCAUGGGCUCUCGCUAUCAACUUCUACAACGAUCGUAACAUCCGUAUCGUCCUAGCCCGUCCUCAGCAUCCUGAAGUGGUCAAGCAAUUACGUGCCGAUGCUAACAACCGCUUUUUAUUGUACCAUCGUGGAGAUUCGACUCCCGUUUGGACCAGCCCAAGUGGUGCAAGAUGGAGCGAAAUUCAGGACAAAGUGAUGGAAUUUGUCACUCAUCAUGCGGCCCCUCCAAAAUCUGCUGAAAAAUCGACUGCCGUCGAACCACAGGCUCCUGCUCCCACUGCAGAGAUUGAUAUGUCACAGUACAAAGUCGAAUUGGCUGAUAUCAAGAGCACUAUAAGCUAUAUGCUUUUCCAGGAGAUCGCAAGGCAGCAGGUAGUAGAUGGUGAAGGUUUGGUCGGUUUGAAAUCAUGGAUCCAUGCUGUUAGUAAGUAUGCUCCUGCUACCACUCCUAUACGACGUCUCCUAUACCGCAUGGAUCAAUGGCUACAGGGUCAAGGUCCGAGCAUGACCUAUGAAGAUUGGACUAAAAAAUUGGAGGAGGUUCACACUGAUCUUGGGAAUCCACUUCCCAGAGAAAUCGAAUGGGUUGCAUGUAAAGGCUCGAAACCACACUUCCGUGGAUAUACUUGUGGUGUUUGGGUU